UAUGCAGCAUUGGAUAUACGGGGAGGAAGCGUUUGAACUGGGUGCAUCAUCUGGAAAGAUGACCUCAUGGAUCUGCGGUAUGUAGAUGGAGGACAAACCCUCUAUCUAAGAUCUGCCAAGUUUGAAUUAGCUGUAACAGCUGAAGCGCAGCACCCACAGUUUCCAGCUCCGUUGGUUAUUGGUGCAUCCAUAGCCUCCCUCGUUGUGGUUCUCCUUGUUCUUUGUAUGUUCACUAUGGUGAUCAGGAGACGUCAGUCGUUACCAGGACUAUCACUAUCCGGCACGGGAGAUGCACUUGAUCGUUCUACUAUAAGAGAGGCUACAAGAAAUUUCUCUGAAGCAAAUGUCAUUGGCGAAGGUGGAUAUAGUGUAGUCUACAGGGGGCAGCUACGCGAUGGUACAAUGGUUGCUGUGAAGAGGCUCAAAAAGUAUUAUCUUACUGAUAAGGGCAAGGAAGAUUUCUCAAGGGAAGUGGGAGUGAUGUCAACACUCAGGCAUGUCAAUCUUGCUAAGCUCCUCUACUAUUGCCGGGAAGAAGAUGAGUGGAUACUAGUCUACGAACUGAUGGAGAACAGAAGUUUGAAUCUUUACAUAUUUGGGGAAGAAAACGGAUUUCGUUCCUCACUGAAUUGGGCGCAAAGACUGGAAAUAAUUGGUGGGGUCGCUGUAGGUGUUGAAUUCCUUCACAGCAAGGGAGUCAUCCACAGGGAUCUAAAUCCUGGCAAUAUACUUGUCAGUGACACGUGGCAUCCCAAGAUAACGGACUUUGCCACCAUGAAGCUGUUUAUUGACGAGAAGACAAAUCCGGCAUUAGUACUGAUGCCGGGAUAUCUCGCUCCAGAGUAUUCAGGGGAAUGGGCCUUGACGUACAAGUGUGAUGUAUAUAGCUUCGGAGUCGUCUUGCUUGAGAUAGUCAGUGGCAGAAAGAGAACAGACACGCCAACGCUCCUUCUUCAGGCCUGGGAACUGUGGGAUCAGCGUAGGAUCAGGGAGCUUCUUGAUCCGGAAGUGGCUGAACCUGAAGGCGACCUCUUGUCACGGCUAGUCAGGUGCAUCCAGAUUGGCCUUCUCUGCGUGCAGCGUUUGCCCGAGGACAGACCUACAGUGACUGAGGUUGUGGAAUUGCUAACCAACACCAGCUCACAGCUCCUGACGCCACAGAGACCCACACAACUAUUCUCAAUCGACACACCCGGACUGAGCCGGACCAUUCGAUCUGACCAGCAUCUCCCACGGGGAUCUCAGUGAAUGCAGCUAAUAAUUUGUUAUCUGUAUGUGUGUCGCCUUGGUUUUUCCUAUUCCUUUCCGUAUCUGUGUCCAAAUUACGACAGGAUCGACUGAACUUCUGUUACUAGGAUGCUUAACACACUAUGCAGAUGGGAGAUGGCGUCUGAGUACAUACAUGCCCAACUUUGCUCAACAAGCGUGAUGUGGGGAGUGUUUUCUAUAUCACCUUCGUAUAUACAUCUGUCAAAAGUUUACUUCCUUAUUUUAGAGAGGAGGUCAGAGUAGGCCGAGUAUUCAGAGCUGAGUCCAGUUCUCUGGAUGUCACAGCCUGUAAUUUCUCUGACUUUCCUUGAAGUGGUGCCGAGCAGAGUGAAGAUGGUAAAUCUUGUGUGCCCUCCCUUAGCUUGCAUAUUCGUCAGGGGCUAUGACCUAUGGUUCACAGGCUAAGUUUUUGGACCGUCCGAGAUCAGUAGCAGCAAAUAUAACAUGGAGGCCAACCAACUGGACAAGUAACAUGACAGUUUUGCAUUGUUGCACAAUUUCCACCGAUCUUCCCAAAACAAGUCGUCAAGGCCAUAGCCUCUUCAACAAUCUCUCCUUACCGUGGCUAUUUCGUUCAUGGAAGUUAUGGUAGCGUGCUUCCGAACUCAGGUUACCACAAAGUUAUUGCGGUGAAACGGGAGUUUAUAUUCCAUAGUUUGACGGAUUACAGUCAGCUAAUACAAGGUGGUCCAUCUCGUAUCCAACAUUUAACGGCGCUUCCGAACUCUGGUGUCGGAGAAGGAAAAAAAUUGAGAAAAGAAUGCAAGUGGUGCUUAUGGUGGGUGACGGCCGUAAGGCCACUCCCUCUAUUCAAAACAUACGGUGUGAUACUUUUUACAAAAGUCAAACUUUAAUAUGUUUGAUAAUUUACAAAAACAA